AUGCCGGCGGUGCUGGCCCUGCGCGGGGCGCCCGGGCGGAGCGGGACGACAGCAGCAGCAGCAGCGGGGCUGAUGCUGCUGGCGGCGCGGCGCGGGGGCGGCCACCGCCAGGCGCCGCCGCCGCCGCCGCCUCCUCCUCCUCCAGGGUGGGGGCGCUGGACGGCGGCGUGCGGCGGGGGGGCGGCGGCGGCGGCGGCACUGGCGCUGCUGCGGAGGGGGGGCGGCGGCGGCGGCGGGGGGGAGCGGGAGGCCGGCGGGGCCCAGCCCCUCCUCUCGCUCCUCCCGGCGCUGCAGGCCGCCGUGCCCGCCAAGCCGCCUGCGGGCUCCCCGCGGGCCUCCUACAACUUCAUCGCCGACGUGGUGGAGCGGACGGCGCCGGCGCUGGUCUACAUCGAGAUCCUGGGCAGGCACCCCUUCUCGGGCCGGGAGGUGCCCAUCUCCAAUGGCUCUGGCUUCGUGGUGUCUGCUGACGGGCUGAUCGUGACCAACGCCCACGUAGUGGCAAACCGGCGGCGGGUGAGGGUGCGGCUGGCCAGCGGGGAGCUCUAUGAUGCUGUGGUACGGCAGGUGGACCAGGUGGCGGACAUUGCCACCAUCAAGAUCAGCCCCAAGCACCCGCUUCCGACGCUGCCCCUGGGCCGCUCCUCCGAGGUGCGCCAGGGGGAGUUUGUCGUCGCCAUGGGCAGCCCCUUCGCCCUGCAGAACACCAUCACGUCGGGCAUCGUCAGCUCAGUCCAGCGUGGCGGCCGGGAGCUGGGCCUGGCAGCCUCGGACAUGGCGUACAUCCAGACGGAUGCAGCUAUUGACUUUGGGAAUUCCGGCGGCCCCCUCGUCAACCUAGAUGGCGAAGUGAUUGGCGUGAACACCAUGAAGGUGACGCCAGGCAUCUCGUUCGCCAUCACGUCUGACCGGCUGCGAGCCUUUCUGGAGCAGGAGGAGAAGCACAAGGACUCCUGGUUUGGGGGCCCCCAGGGGAAGAGGCGCUACAUCGGGGUGACGAUGCUGACACUGACACCCAGUAUCUUGUCUGAGCUAAAGAUGAGAGAUCCGUCCUUUCCCGACGUGUCGUACGGAGUCCUCAUCCACAAGGUGAUCAUCGGCUCCCCGGCUCAUCAGGCAGGCCUAAAGGCAGGAGACGUGGUCAUGGAGAUCAAUGGGCAGAGGUCUCAGCAGGCGGAGGACGUCUACGAGGCCGUGCGGACACAGAGCCACGUGACGCUGCUGGUGCGCCGUGGCUACGAGGCGCUGCUGCUGACAGUCACCCCAGAAGUCACCGAGUAGGGGUGGUGUUGUGGGUGCGCCAGUGGUGUAUCCUCCCCCUUGGAUUCAGAAUGGGCUGUGCCUGGCGCAGGGAAAGGAUCGAUCUUGCACACGGCUGUCCUGACAUAGACGGGGUUGCCUCUCCCCAGUAGCUGUCGACCGGAGAUGGGCCAGGACCCCAGCAGCAGCAGCAGUGGGGGGUGUGGGGACCCCCUGGCUCUUGUCUCUUCAGCCUCGGAGGAGACUUUUAUUUGGCCAUUAAACCGUUCUGUGACCCCCAA